CAAUUAAAUAAAUGACUUGAUUCCCACGUUGAUAUAUUUUACAAGGUUUUAAAAUGUACCUGUUCUUCAUGUUUACGCAGUUUAUAGCUUUGCUUUCUUUUUAAAACACGCAGCCAUUCAUCCAGUCAUUUUGACGGUAUAUUCACACGGUUUUGUGCUGCGUAUAUUCGAUAUUACACGGAUUUGUGCUGUGCAUUCGAUAUUACACACUUUUGUGCUGUGCAUUCGAUAUUACACACUUGUGCUGUGCAUUCAAUAGUACACGCUUUUGUGCUGUAUAUUCGAUAUUAAACGGUUUUGUGCUGUGCAUUCAAUAUUAACGGUUUUACAUUGUAGCUGUGUAUUCAAUAUUACACGGUUUUGUGCUACGCAUUCGAUAUUACACAGUUUUAUGCUGUGUAUUCGAUAUUACACGAUUUUAUGCUGUGUAUUCGAUAUUACACGGUUUUGUGCUGCGCAUUCGAUAUUAUCAACAUUAGUACCCAUCAAUUUGUAGCUGCCACAUCGGAUUGACAGGUCCAUGAUAUAGAAAUCGCAGCUGAAAGACAGAUCUCGUCAAAACAAUGUCAGUUGAACUGAGGUCCAUGAAGCACGUUGGAGGAGACUACGGGAAAGACAACCCAGCCUACGACAAUGGGGAACCUGCUGGGAACAAAGGAAACAUUAAUAAGAUGAAGAACGGAAAGGAGGACAACGAUUAUUCGAGAGAAACCCCGUUGAAUGAAAGAAGCAUUGUGGUGGUAGUAGAUGAGGAGGACAACGAGGAUAAAGAGGAAAUGAACGCCUGCUCCAGGGGCGUACUAAUGAUCCAAACAGAGGUGUAUGCAUUCUUCAACAACCACUGGAAAGAAAUCAUCUUCGUGAUUUACAUCGGUCUCAUCGCUGGUUACUUUGUAUAUUUUGCGUUUGCCAUAGUGAGGACAUUUGAGCUGGACAAGGAACCAUCCAUGCGUCUAUUAGUAUGCACGCUCUUAGGUGUCUUUAUAUUGAUGACUCAUAUAUUUUUCAAACUUUUCGGCUCUCAAACAAACACCUUUUAUUACCGACAUAUCAAACCUUGUUGUAAGUCUCAUGGAGGAAGGAGAUUCAAAAUAUUCAUAUCAUGGUUUUUAAAAUUUGCCGCCUUCGCUGCAAUAGUUAUCUACGUCAUAAUUGAUGUCGCCAUAGAUCAUCCCCGGAACCUCCUGUCUGUGGCGGGACUGGCGCUCUACGUCAUCAUUUUCUACCUGUUUUCUGUCAAUCCUGCAAAAGUAAGGUGGCAUCCAGUGUUUUGGGGGAUAGCGAUGCAGUACAUAUUUGCCCUCAUCAUCCUCCGAUGGGAGUUCGGGUUUAAGAUGUUUGAAUAUCUAGGUGAUCGUGUCACGGAGUUCCUGACUUAUUCCGAUGAAGGCGCCAAAUUCCUGUUCGGAGAUGUCUUCAUGGAACAUUUUUUCGCUUUCAAGGUGUUACCACUGGUCGUGUUUUUCUACGCCAUCAUCUCUGUGCUGUACUACUUAGGAGUGAUGCAGUAUGUAGUUAUAAUUAUUGGACGUGCUUUGGCCUUCUGCAUGGGAACGACACCGGCGGAAUCCCUUAAUGCUGCCGGAAAUAUCUUUGUUGGAAUGACGGAAUCUCCAUUGAUGAUCCAGCCAUUCCUGAAGGACAUGACGAUGUCGGAACUACAUGCUAUUAUGGUCGGGGGAUUUGCAACUAUUGCAGGAAGUGUUCUUGGUGCAUACAUAAGUUUUGGGGUGCCAGCGAACCAUCUGAUUUCCGCCUCUGUGAUGUCUGCACCAGCAGCUCUGGCCAUUUCCAAGCUAGCUUAUCCCGAGGUGGAGAAGUCGAGAUCUUCUUCAAAAGAUUUCAACAAGAUGGGUAAAUCCACUGACAGAAACAUAAUUGAGGCGGCGUCCUCGGGUGCUACCAGCUCUAUCAAAGUCGUGGGCGCCAUUGCGGUGAACGUCAUGGCGUUCCUCUCCAUACUCAAGUUCGUCAAUGCAACACUAACCUGGUUUGGUGAACAAGUAGAAAUUGAGGGAUUUACGUUUGACUUCAUAUGCUCGUAUUUGUUUUACCCUAUCGCCUUCUUUAUGGGAACAUCACCUGAUGAUUGCCGAUCUAUUGGAAGACUGAUAGGACUGAAGACGUUCACUAACGAGUUCGUGGCAUACGAUGAAUUAUCCAAAAUCAUAAAGAACAAGCCCAUCCUCGACAGCUACAUGAACAGCAAUUACACGGAUUGGUACUGGAAGGGGGACAACAUCAUUCUUCCGCAGUUAAAUGACACUGUUCUCAAAUAUGGUAUUUUGGAGACUAGAUCUGAGGUGGUGGCAACGUAUGCUCUUUGUGGAUUCUCCAAUUUUGGAUCCAUAGGAAUUUUACUAGGAGGGCUAGGUGCUCUGGUUCCAUCAAGAAAAUCUGACCUCUCCAAGAUUGUUCUCAGAGCUAUGAUAGCCGGAAAUGCUGCUUGCUUCAUGACCGGAUGUGUAGCAGGUUUGCUUUAUAAGGACUAUUGAAAUUGUUGGACAAUCCUACCGGGACUAAUUCCGUAUCAUUGUGGAUCAGAAAUACUUUUCAGCUGUUGAAAAUCGAGGUUUUACGUAGUUAGAUUGUCAAAGUAAUUUUAGCACCCGUGAAAAUGUAGAGAAGAAGCAAUGCUGUCAAAACCUUUCAAUCUGAUUGAUAUACCGGUAUUUCAACAUGCACUUACAGUAAUUCAUAAGAAAUGCAAUGCAUGUUCAGAUAGAAAAAUAUCGAGUGACACACCUGUAUCUAUAAUUAGUACUAUUUGCUGCAUUACAACCGUACCUCAUGUACUAACUGCUUAGUAUUUUACAUGUAUUUAUCAUCAUGAUUAAAACACUAUUGAGGCUACUAGAGUUGUUGACGUAUGUUAUGGGCCCCAUCCUACUAAUUACAGUUCAAAGGUCAGUACCAUAGGUCUACAACUCUUGUAGUUUCAAUAUUGUCGAAGCAUUCUCCUUCAGACUCACAAACAAAAGAUUAGUAUUACACUCCGGUCUUUUACUGACGUAAUACUUACAGGUAGGUGUCUGAAUUUGGGUAUGAUAGUGGAAUAUUUUCGCAAUACUGUAAAAAUGUUCGGUACUGCCUAGAUAACUCAAAACGUUCAUCAUUUGAUUAAAGUCUAUUCAUGAACAACUUUUUAUUGCAAUUUUGACAAACAACGUUUAUUUGAUGAAACAAAAUUUCCAAAUCAAUCCAUACAACUGAUUAUGUUUUAAGAGAAAGUCCACUUUCUUUAAAUGAAACGUCCACUGUGUUCAAUGCGUGCGCAUAAAACAGUAACGGGUGACAACUAAUGGAACUGCCUCUCUGAAAUUCAUCCAUAUUUGAAUGUUAGUGACACAGAUGAUGACGGUAGUGUUUGUGAUGGUAUUAGUUUCAUAUCAUGUUUCAUAUAGCAGCAGUCUUUGUGUAUAAAAGAAGCACACAACGCAUAAUUGGCUACAAAUAUCUUGUUGCUCCCAAAUUCUCAAGUAUCGCAAAUUUAACUGUGGUUAGUAGAAUGACCUUUACGCAUGCGAUAUAUUUACGUAAAGGGUAGAUAACUUUGUAUUUUCUAAUGAAAUACAUACAUGUAUAGAAAUUAUUUAUGUUUUGUAAGUUAUAUCUUUUAUGCAAAAGCUGUUAAUGAAAUAUAAUGACUUUCAUGACGUACGCAGCUAGUACAAUGUAGAAUGAAAGAUGAUAAUUAUUAUUUGUAAAAUUUUAUGUGAUGUAUCUUUUUAUACGUACAUGUAGGAUUAGACGUACAUGUAGGAUUAGAGAUGAUAUAUAUAUGCACUUACAGAACAUUGUCAUAUCACUGUCAGGUAAACAGCAAUAUACAUUAAUAUAUAAUGUAUUCCUAGUUCUUACAAAACAUUGUCAUAUCACUGUCAGGUAAACAGCAAUAUACAUUAAUAUAUAAUGUGUUCUUAGUUCUUACAAAACAUUGUCAUAUCACUGUCAGGUAAACAACAGUAUACAGUAAUAUAUAAUAAUGUAUUCCUAUUUAUAACCUAUUCUUUAUAUGCUCCUAUACAUUUUUAACUGUUUAUUUUAUAUUUUUACUCCACUAUACACGAGUGAAAUGUAUAUUUUUAUUUCUGGAAUGUAUUAUUUGAUCUGAUUAAAGAGUCAUCACAUAAAAUGCAAAUUUCAAUAAAAUUCUUUAUGGGUGUAUGUUUA